AUGAGCGACCUGCUAGAUAGGUGCCGGGCGCACCUGAGUCUGGUAGGCUUCGGCCCCCGUGAAAUGGCUACUCUGGAUGUCAACGAUAGUGGUGACAUUGCUACGCAGAUAGCAUGCGAACUGAACAUCAUCCCAAGCCAAGAAUUGGAGGAUGCUAUCGUUGACUGGAUACAGGAAGCUCGCGAGCCCGCGAGGACGGCUAUGCGACUGGAAGGAGUCCUUGCGAGCGAUAUAGAGUGGAACCGCCUCCAAGAGAGACGGAGGUUUGGCCCGGCUAUGGCUCCAGAGCCAGCACCCCCUCCGGGGGACAAGAUAAGGAAGCUAGAGCUCACUGGGCUUGAGCUCCAGGUGCGAGAGGAGAAGCUCCUCGAUAUGUGGGCAAAGAAGCUUCGAGACGAGCUCCAAGCUAGUUCCGCCCCCGUGCUGGUGAAACUAGAAGGCAGCCUGGACCCUUCACGGGCUGCUGAGAUGAUAGCGGGGAGGAUCCGCUCCAGUACUCUAAAAAGAUACGUGAUAGUAUACCAGAGGUGGCGGCUAUGGCUGCAAGAGGCUAAGCUACUAUCGCCACCGAGCAGGCCGGUGGAUCUGGUGGACUAUCUGCUAGUGCGAAGGGACGAGCCUUGUGGACGCUCGGGCCGGAUAGCCUGGGCUACAAAAGAUAAAAUCAUCGAGAUGCUCGCUGAAGGGGCCCCGCUCAUCAAGCGAGCCCCCCGCUAUCCGACGUGGAUUCUGUUGAAGAUAGACAGACUGGUGACGGAUGCGGAGGAGAUAGCCUGCAUCCGGAUAUGGGCUUGGAUAAAGCUCGUGAAAACUUGGGCCUCUUUGAGAUGGUCCGAUAUCCAAGCAAUAAAGCCUGAAGAGCUACGUCUGGAAGAAGGGCGCCUGGUUACGGUCCUCCGGAGGACCAAGACAUCAGGUCCGAACAGGAGGAUCAAAGAGCUACCGCUAUGUGUCAGCGAAAUGGCCUUCUUCGAGGAUCCGAGCUGGAUAAAGGCUGGCUUUGAGCUAAUCAAGGAGAAG